CCCGAUUUAUUUACCCAGAUUUUUUGUAGUUGUCGACUUGUCGUCGUCACUGUUUGUGUUGUGGCUUUUUGUCAGACAUCAAAGUUGAGACUCACGUCAGGAGGUUUUCGGUUUUCCGUCUGACGUUACAAGAUGGGAGUUCCUAAGUUUUAUCGCUGGAUAUCGGAGAGAUAUCCGUGCUUGAGCUCCUUGGUGAAGGAAGAUGAAAUACCAAAAUUUGACAACUUUUACCUGGAUAUGAACGGUAUCAUCCACCAUUGUUCCCAUCCGAACGAUGCGGAUGUCAGCUUUCGCAUCAGUGAAGAGGAGAUUUUUCACAAUAUUUUCCAUUAUAUCGAGGUCCUCUGCACCUUUAUUCGUCCUCAAGGCAUUUUGUACCUGGCCGUGGACGGUGUGGCGCCGCGCGCAAAAAUGAAUCAGCAGCGAGGCCGCCGAUUUCGGUCCGCGAAGGAUGCUUAUGAACAGGAACUGAUCGCUCGUCGCGAAGGAAAACCGCUUCCACCUGGAGAGCGUUUUGAUUCCAACUGCAUUACGCCAGGUACUGAUUUUAUGGAACGACUGGACAAGCACCUGCAAUACAUGAUUACCCGAAAGAUUUCCCAAGAUCCGUCCUGGCGGCAUCUGGAAGUUUAUUAUUCAAGCCAUUUGGUGCCGGGUGAGGGCGAGCACAAGAUCUUGGAUUUUAUUCGCUUUAUCAGAUCGCAGAAAUCGUACAAUCCAGAUACUCGCCAUUGCUUGUAUGGACUGGAUGCCGACUUAGUCAUGCUGGGACUAUCUGUCCAUGAACCGUUUAUGUCGCUUCUGCGCGAGGAAGUCAAGUUCGGAAAGACCGCUAAAACGGAAACGAAUCCCGAGAAAAUCACUUUCCAUUUGCUGCAUUUAUCGAUUCUGAGAGAUUAUUUAGAGCAUGAAUUUGAAGGCGUAAAGCCGAAUCUGAAAUUUCCUUUCGAUCUGGAGAAGAUUAUCGAUGACUGGAUUUUAAUGGGUUUCCUGGUGGGAAACGAUUUCAUACCUCAUCUUCCGGGGUUGCAUAUCAACAAAAAUGCUUUUGACGAUAUUUAUCACGCAUAUUCCGAGACCCUGCCCAAAUUGGAUGGGUACAUUAACGAAGGGGGUUAUUUGAAUUUGGAGCGAUUCCAAAAGCUGUUGGAUGCGUUGGUCUGCAUGGACCUGGACCGUGUAGAAAAUGAGGUGGACGAUAUGAGUUGGAUGGAAAUGAAGCGAGGCGCAAUUGUCCAUGACGAGCUGCAGACUGCCAGUGGAUGGGAUGAAGCCGGUCCAGAAGAUUUCGAUUUUCAAAAAGCUCUUGCUGACAACGACAUCGAAGAGGAGGCUGCGGAAGAACUGCAGAAGCAAAAAGUUUUCGAGCACAAAGAGAAAUACUACAAAGACAAGCUUCGAAUGGCAGAAGUCAACGACCAGACCCUAUCUGACAUGGCAUGCGAAUACGUUCGGGCUAUCCAGUGGAAUCUUCACUAUUAUUACCAUGGCGUUCCGUCUUGGGAAUGGUUUUAUCCGUACAACUAUGCUCCAUACGUUUCGGAUUUAAAAAAUUUCGCGACGCUCAAUCCGGAGUAUGAGCUGGGUGAACCGUUUAAACCAUUCGAGCAGCUGAUGGCCGUACUUCCGGAACGAAGCAAAAAGUGCUUACCGGAGUCAUUUCAUUACUUGUUUUCCGCGAAUAGUCCGAUUUACGACUUUUACCCGGCUGACUUUGCUACGGAUUUAAACGGGAAAGCCAACGAGUGGGAAGCUGUGGUUUUGGUACCAUUUAUCGAUGAGAAACGUCUGACGGAUGCCGUGCGGCCCUUACUGAAUCAGCUGCGCCCCGAAGAGAAGCGCCGAAAUGUUAUUGGAAAAGGUUUUGUGUUCCAUCAUAGCGGUGAACCCAACGGCCAAGUGUACCCACCUCCGACGAAGAAAUUCACUCCCAUUAAUCCUCUUCGUGCUGUGAUUAGAACUUAUAACUACAACUUCCAUAUUUUGGACCGGAAAAAAAUACGCAAAGGUCGCCUGACCAAAGGACAGCUAUACCAACCCGGCUUCCCGUCGCUUGGUUUUGUGCCGCAUUCAGCAUCACUGCAAAUAGGCGCUGUAACAGUGUUUCAGCGCCGAUCUACGGGAAAAAGUAUGGUGUUGACGGUACACAAGGAUCCUUCCACAAAUUACUUGGAGCGAGGGUACAAGUUCCUUGGCAAGAAAGUAUUCGUCAGUUGGCCCCAUCACACAAUGGCUCUCGUGACCCGCGUAACGGAUGGGAUGAUACAAUUUGUCGCUGUUAGUCCAAGGGGAUUUUUCGUGGAAAAUGGUGGUUCUACUGGAAUGCAAGUGAAUAUGGAAAACGAACAGAUGGAUCAGUACUCCAAACACAAGAAGGAAAUCGAGGCAAAAUUGAAAAAUCGACAAGGCAUCCAAAUCGACAGUGCCGAUGUUUUGUACUAUUGUCGCGUUUGUGUUGGGAAGCGUUACGUUUUUCGGAAAGACAGUAAAGUGGCGUAUUUGGAGCCUCAGUGGUCUUCCUGGGAGGUCCCGUUUCCUGCCGAAUUGGUGGUUCUCGCUCCUCCUGAAACAGAGACGAAAAAAAGAUUGUUCGCUGAUCAGUUGUUCCCGAUGAAUUUUCCCGUUUUUGUUUUGGCUUUCCCGUAUUAUGGCUGCCAGGGAAAGGUUGUCUCGCAUGAUCGGGCGGAGAAUAAAGUGUUCGUCAUCUUCGAGAGGCCAGCGGAACCAAUUAUGAGCCAUGUUUACAAUCGGGAAGAUGAACUUUCUACCCAAUACGAGCCCGCCUAUCAAGCUGCGAGAAUACUUAAUUUGACUCCACCUAUUGUUUCUCGUUUGACUGGAACCGUUUAUGCACGCAUCAACGCCGGUGAUAGCGAAAAAGUCAACAUUGGCUUCUCGUUAAAAGCAUCUAAAGCCAGUACCGAAGUUCGCGGGUACACCAAACGGGUCGAAUCCGACACGAAGCCGGGACAAUACAACUGGUUGUAUUCAGAGAAAGUGUUGGAUUUGUUACACGGUUUUCGACAGCGAUUCCCCGAGUUGAUUGGUCACUGGAUGAAGAAUGAGUGCCAGGAUCCGAUCAUGGAGGAGGUUUAUCCGGGCCGAGCUGAGGCGAAAUUAAAAGAGGUCUCAGAUUAUCUUAAGACGUUACCGACGUAUAAAGUGGCUCAGCAAGCAUGUGGUGAAGAAAUGCUGGACGAUGGAAUUAUUGCAGCGAUACAGGAAAAAGUUGCUUUCGUUAAGAGUCGUUACGGAAAUCGACGCGACCGAUUUCGGGCAUUUAUUGCGCCGAAAUUUUUGUAUAGGUACACGGAGGAGGCAGCGGGUGUCCUUCCUGAUGACACUGUAAUGUGGGAGAUGUACGAUCGCGUGGUGAACAUCAGAGAAGCGGUGGUGCCGCUCGGCCUGCGUGGAACUGUGAUCAGUAUCACAAAAUCUGACUUGGCGGCUAGUGUUUAUAUUACUGUCCUUUUUGACGAAGCCUUUGCCAGUGGAGAUGCUCUAACGUACGUUCAGGAGUUGCCAGCUGCUUCCUUGCUGAAUAUUACACACGGUGAACGCCGGCAGUGGGAACUGGAGCACCAGUAUGGCCCAAGUGUUUACCUUCCAGCUCAGCGAGUCUAGAUAGAUGGUGAUGCUCAACUGUGUUGUGUUGAACUCUUACGUCUCGGGAUUUUUGGUAUUGUUUUCUGCACAGCCACCACGCAUGUUGGGAGCUUGGAAGUUGAAAGAGUGGAACGAAAUCGUUUUUGUUGUUUGCCUCAUUGUUCUCAGGAUCCACCGAUGAAAGCUGAUUACGUUAUCAGUUCUUUAAUCUUUUAUGUUUUUAAUAACUGGGAGAAGGUGGUUCGAGAUCGUACUUUAAUGAGAAAGCUGCCACCUGUACGAAAUUUUACGUGCUUCAAAACAAAUCAAGGC